AUGGAUGAAGAGCAACACUAUAAGCUCCUGCGACGCAAAAAAGAAUGCCAGGAUGAAAAGUGCGAGUGUGAUAAAGAUAUAGCAGAUGAGGAGCCUCCCUCCCAGCGGCGUCUUUCUAGAUAUGGCUGGCAAUUAUCAACAUUCAUCCUCCUGGUAAUCGCGACUAUACAGUUCUUUCUCCUCCUCCCAUCUUCCUAUACGCUGUUUCGCUUCAGAGGGUCUUACGAGACCGGUUUCGCGACCGACUUCGACGACGCAAAACUUCACAUCUCUCUCGAGCGACGUCGAUUUUCAUCGGGUCUCCGUGUAUUAGAGAAUGGAACCAUAUACCGCGCCGAGGGAAAGCCUGGCGAGACGGCAUAUGUCGGUCGCGACCUAGAGGCUGUCGACAAAGCCUGGGACGAACUCUUUGGGCGUCGAUAUUUUGUCUUGCAUGAUGAAGAAAUAGAUCGGCUUAAUCAAGACCAACCAUCCCUACCAGCCCUCGAGCCCCUAGUUGGCAUUCAAAGUCACACCAGACAUUCCGGCGUGUUUGGGGGGGUAGAAGUCCUGCACUCACUCCAUUGCCUGGACGCGCUCAGGAGAUAUAUCAACGGUCAAGCUCACCACGGCGGACAUAAGCUUUAA